UUUAUUUUAUUUUAUUUUAUUUUAUUUUAUUUUUUUCUUUUUUUUAAAUUACAUUAACGAUGAGUACAUUACAUCACUUAUUUACCAUAAAAAAAAAGUUGGCUUUCCAGUUUAUGGACUUGAUUUUACAGCUAAUGAUGUUUUAAUUGCUGGAGGUGGAGGUGGAGCUAAUCGUUCGGGUGUAAAGAAUAAUUUGGUAAACGUUUUUUUAUUUUCUCAACUUUGUAGUUAUGGACUUAUUAUUUUGGGCACAUAGAUUUCACUACAAAUUAAUGAAAAGAAUAAACAACUUGAACAAAUUAGUUCUUUACUCUUAUCAGAUAAAGAAGAUUGUCCAAUGUCAAUUGCUUGUCAUCCUAAUCUACCCGUAUUAAUUUCAGGUAUUAAUAGUUCUGAGGAAAAUAUCAAACAGGGUAUUAAUCUAAAUUGUCAAAUUUUUGAUAUUGAAAAUGGUCAAAUUCAAUUUAAAUCCAAGUUCUCUACAAGUACAUGUAGGAACCCUGAAGAGUAUCAGAAAAUAACUCGUUUUAGUCGUUCAGGAAAUUAUUUAGUAACAGGGAUUAGUGAUGGUAGGAUUUCUGUAUUAAAGAAAACAACCACUUCUACAACACAAUGGGAAUUAUGCUUUCCAUCAUUACGUUUUAUGAAUGUACAAGAUAUUGCUAUUGAUCAUCAUGAAGAGCAUGUAGCUAUAGCAGUUUCAUCCGCUUUAAUUAUCUUAUCUAUACAUGAUGGUACAAUUGUUCAAGUCAUUGAUAGCCCUAAAUUAAAUAAGCAUACUACUUGUGAAAUUCAUGCUUGUCGAUAUGGUUAUUCUAGUAAAAAUCAACAAGAGACAUUAUAUGCUGUCAUUAACCCGAUAUCAACAAGAGGAAAAGGAUUUAUUUGUGCAUGGAAGUUAAGAGAGAGUAGAUCAUAUCCAGUCAAUAAAGCAAAAACUGCAGGCAUUAGUAGAAAGAGUAUAACAACUUUCACUGUCAAUCCUACAGGUGAUAUUUUAGCUUAUGCAUCUACUGAUUUAAGUAUUGGUUUAGUUGAUGCUCAAACGUUAAAACCUAUUUUGAGAAUACCUAAAGCCCAUGGAUUUGCAAUUACAAACUUAUGUUUCAAUCCAUCAGGUAGAUACUUGGCGAGUGCUGGUGCAGAUAAUAAUUGUCGUGUCAUGAUUUUACCAGAAAGUAUAAACUUAACUCAUAAGAAAUAUCAAGCCUAUUUUAUUAUUGAAUCCAUAUUUAUGAUAUUGGAUAUGUUAUUAUUUGCUCUUUUAGUGCAUAUCAUUGUGCAAUGGACUUUAUAAUCUUAUUUAUGUACAAAAUAGUUAAAUAAUUGAGUGUGUUAUAUCCAUAUUAUUUAAUUACUCUAGUCAAUUCAAGUAUAACGGAGAAGGAGGUAACUCUCUUUCUCUCCUCUUUCUCUCUCUCUCUUUCUCCUUUUAAAGGGUAAGAGUGUAUGUGUAUGUGUAUGCGUAUGUGUGUCUGUGUCUGUGUUUUAAGUAAACUGCUUGAGAUUUGUUUGUUUGUUUGGAUACCUGCUGAGUCACUUUUCUUUGGAUGUUUAUGGAAAGGGGAUUUUUAACAGAACAAAUCAUUCAGUAAUAUAAUAUAAAUAACAAGACCUUUACCAUAUAAUAUGACUGAAUGGUAUUUUUUUUUUCUAUUAUUA